CGAGAAUUUACGGAGGUAGCCGGAAGAUCCGGGAGGCGGGGUCACGAGGCUUAGAAAAGAGCCGAAAGCUUGAGGGGAGGAACCACUUCCACAAGGCGGAAGUGUCGGCGUUCGGGUGGCGGAAGAGGUCCGAGGAUUGCCAGAAAGAGCCGAAGCAGCUCCGACAGUUCCCGGAAGGAGACGAGGGGUUCCGAGCGGCGGCGCGGAGACGCAAACAUGGCGGCGGCCGGCGCUGCUGUUCAUGCUGCUGAGCCGAAUGAGGAACCCGCGCCUGCGACGGAAGCGCUGGCCGCGGCCCGGGAGCGGAGCAGUCUCUUCUUGAGGGGCCUGGAGCUGGUGAAGCAGGGUGCCGAGGCGCGCGUGUUCCGCGGCCGCUUCCAAGGCCGCGCGGCCGUGAUGAAGCACCGCUUCCCCAAGGGCUACCGGCACCCGGCGCUGGAGGCGCGGCUCGGCCGGCGACGGACGGUGCAGGAGGCCCGGGCGCUGCUCCGCUGCCGCCGCGCAGGGAUAUGUGCCCCGGUUGUCUUUUUUGUGGACUAUGCUUCCAACUGUUUAUUCAUGGAAGAAAUUGAAGGCUCAGUGACUGUUCGAGAUUAUAUAGAAUCCACUAUGGAGACUGAAAACUCUCCCCAAAGUCUCCUCGGCUUAGCCAAGAAAAUCGGGCAGGUUUUGGCUCGCAUGCACGACGAAGACCUCAUUCACGGUGAUCUCACCACGUCCAACAUGCUCCUGAAACCCCCGCUGGAAGAACUGAACAUCGUGCUCAUAGACUUUGGGCUGAGUUUCAUUUCAGCACUUCCAGAAGAUAAGGGAGUGGACCUGUACGUGCUAGAGAAAGCCUUCCUCAGUACCCAUCCCAACACCGAGAUUGUAUUUGAAGCCUUUCUAAAGAGCUAUGCCGCCGCCUCCAAAAAGGCCAGGCCAGUGCUAAAAAAAUUAGAUGAGGUGCGCCUGCGAGGGAGAAAGAGGUCCAUGGUUGGGUAGAAGAACGUGCGUGACGACCACAGACAGUUCAGCCACUCACCUCACAGUAAAUUUGAAGGAAUGCUGUGAAUAUGGGAUUCGACCUAAAUAAAGGUGGUGAGGUAUUUUAA